GAAAGUGAGUGUGUUAACUAGUUAGUUUACCUUGAACUGCUAAACGAUGAAGAAGUUUUUAUCUUGUAAACUUUUGAUUUUUGGUUUUAUCUUUAUGAAAGGUGUUUUGUGUAGAAAUCACGACCUUAAUACAAAAGACAAUCUUGGGAAAAUAGUAGGUGGUUAUGAGAUAGAUAUUAAAGAGGUGCCAUAUCAAGCGCGAUUAGUCGUGGUAACUGACAACGGUGCACAUGGUUGCGGAGGAUCGAUUAUAAGCAAAAGAUAUGUAUUGACGGCGGCGCAUUGCCUUUCUGGAGCUAAAAAUGCAUACAUAAGAGUGGGUAGUAGCUAUGCCAGUAGAGACGGUACACUAUAUAUGUCCACAAAGUUCUGGCAACAUCCCAAGUACAAUAACAGAACACUUGAUAAUGAUGUAGGAAUCCUUAGUCCUGAUAAACCAAUCGUAUAUAACUCAAACACGAAGCCAAUUACUUUGGCGAGAAGGGGCAUCAAUAUACCGGCUGGGACGGAAGUCCUUGUAACUGGUUGGGGACGAACCUCAGAAAAUAGUAAAGGGAGUGAAAGGUUGCUGGCAGUUAGAAUACCUGUUGUAUCGAAUGAAGACUGUCGCCAGAAUUACACUUAUAUAUCUGAUAACAUGAUGUGUGCUGGUGUGCCUGAAGGAGGAAAGAGCACGUGUAUGGGUGAUUCAGGAGGUCCAGCUCAAUCAAAGUUGGGGCAAGUUGGGAUAGUUUCCUUUUUCAUUGGCUGUGCUCUCCCUGGGUACCCUGGGGCCUAUGCCAGAGUAUCGGACCCUGGCGUACGCGACUGGAUCAAACGUAUUGCUAAAAAAAAGCAAGUGAGUGUGUUAACAUGUGAAUUUACCUUGAGCUACGAAACAAUGAAGAAGUUUUCAUCUUAUAAAUUUUUGAUUUUUGGUUUUCUUUUUAUCAAAGGUUUUUCGUGUAGAAAUCGCGACCUUGAUACUAAAGACAAUGUUGAGAAAAUAAUAGGUGGCUACGAAACAGAUAUUAAAGAUGUACCAUAUCAAGCGCGAUUAACGAUGAUAACUGACAACGGUGCAUAUGGAUGCGGGGGAUCGAUUAUAAGCCAGAGAUAUGUAUUGACGGCGGCACAUUGCCUUUCUGGAGCUAAAACUGUAUACGUAAGAGUGGGUAGCAACUAUGCCGGUAGAGAGGGUGAGCUAUAUACGUCUACAAGAUUCUGGCAGCAUCCUAAGUAUAAUAACAGAACACUUGAUAAUGACGUGGGGAUUGUUAGUCCUAAUAAACCAAUCGUAUAUAACUCAAAUACGAAGCCAAUUACUUUGGCGAGACGGGGCAUCAAUAUACCGGCGGGUACAGAAGUCCUUGUUACUGGAUGGGGAUUAACCUCAGAAAAUGGCCAAGGGAGUGACAAGCUUAGGGCGGUUCGAGUUCCUGUUGUAUCGAAUGAGGACUGCCGCCAGAAUUACACUUAUAUCUCUGACAACAUGAUGUGUGCCGGCGUGCCUGAAGGAGGAAAGAGCGCGUGUUCGGGUGAUUCAGGAGGUCCAGCUCAAUCAAACUUGGGGCAAGUCGGAGUGGUUUCCUUCGGUAUUGGCUGUGCUCUCCCUGGUUACCCUGGGGCCUUUGCCAGAGUGUCGAGCCCAAGCAUACGCAACUGGAUCAGACGUAUUGCUAAAGUGUAAUACAUAGUUUGAUGCUGAACACAUUUCUUGAUGAUAGAUUUGAUAUCUAGAUCUAAAUUUACUUACGGUCGAAUACUAAAACAUGCCCUUAAUAAUAUGCACGUAGGUGGUCAAAUAAUGUCCUGGCCUAAUUACUAUAAGUAAGGGAAAUGAAAUGAAGCUGUUGUUAUUCUUCGAAACUUAGUACCACCCUUAAUAUCAACACUAGACAUUGCUGUGAAUUAGGUAAUUUGAAUUAACAUCUUUAUGCCUGAUUGGUAGAAUCGUUGACUUAAAAAUCCUUUAUUGCUUGAAAAACUUCCCAAAAGGAAAAAAAAUUAGACGGAGCUCGCUCCAGACUAGAAAGAGGAUGAUUUAUAUUAAUAAAACCACACUCACGAACCCACAGCCUUUGCAACACCGGCAAUAAUAAGUUAUCGUAGGGUAGAAGAAUGCCUUUAGAAUGCUUGCCCCUGCGUUUUUCUUUUAUCAUGUUUCUACUGCAUCUAAUGGCUUCACGUUGAUGUGCGUUUAUUAUUAAUAACAGAGAAGACUUACAAUACGAUGCAGUUAUAUGUUAUUACGUGCAUAAAUAUAAUCAUACAAAAAAAUUUAAAAAAAAAACAGUCAGAU